AUGGCCGCCAAUCUGCUUGGAUAUGCGCUCUACGCUGUCGGCAUCCUCGCGCUGCUUCAUUCUGGAUAUUCUGCGAUUGAGCAUCUGGCCUAUCUGAAACUCGUCGACAAGCACGAAUCCCAUCUCCCGAUUGAGAUUGUGGUGGAGUGUCUCGCCAGCAUCUUCCUGUGCAUCCUGGGGGCCGUCUACGUCGCCGGUGAUCUGAAGCCCAUCGCCCUGGACACGGAGCUAUCCAAAAUCAACCUGGACUACUUGGAGUCGCGACCGUCGUUCCGAACUCUCCACCAUCGCGGCAAGGUUCUGCUCCGACAAUGA